AUGGAAGGUUACUACAGGUGGCGCACAGUCUCUACGAGGCCCUUUAUUCUCUGCGCAGAUCUACUAUCAAUAGACUUUGGCUGGAUCGACGCAAUCUGCAUAAAUCAAGCCGACCUGCAAGAACAGAACCAUCAAGUGGGCCUCAUGAGACACACCUACAAUCGCGCGGCUCUUGUCAUAUGGUGGCUUGGGAAAGAGGACGAGUACACUGCCACCGCAAUCCAAUUCAUCGGCGGGAUCAUCAAGGAGCACGUCUCAGCAGGUGUAAGCUUACAUGCCAGUCCGGAUGCCAUUUGGAUUUUGGAGCAAACAGACCAUGAACGCCAUGAAUCUGCCUCACUUCCCCUCUCAUGA